CCAAGACCAGUAAGCAAUCUCCGUCAAUGUUUUCUUAUGCGAGAUAUCAUAUGAAGUGUAUUGUGUGGUUUAUUUUUGUGUUUUGUUGAAAAUAACAAUCAACACGAAUACGUUGCAGCCAUGAUUACAAUUUAACUUUUCAAAACUUUUAUUAAACUAUCGAACUUAACCAGGUUCGUAAUGGGAAAUAAACUGAAAAAGUUUAAUCCGAUUUCGCAACAUGAAACGGAUAAAAGCCAACCCGAAUAUGAAAACGUCGACGAUCAAUCAAACAAACAGGUGGGUGCAAGCAGCAACCCUGUUGAGGACGAUGCGGUGGGUCCAGUGAAGAGGGCGCCGAGGAGAGGAGCGGUCAGCGCGGAGGUCUACACCGAGGAAGAUGCCGCCUCAUACGUUAAAAAGGUCGUCCCAAAAGACGAAACGACCACAGCCGCUCUCUACAAAUCAAUCGCUAAAAAUGUUCUAUUUUCACAUUUGGACGAACAAGAAAAAAGAGAUAUUUUUGAUGCAAUGUUUCCACGUGUAUGUGAACCUGGGGAAAUCAUCAUCAAACAAGGUGAUGAUGGCGACAAUUUUUACGUCAUCGAUCAAGGAGAAGUCGAAAUUUUUGUGAACGAAACAUACGUUGGAUCGUUGAGUGAGGGUGCUAGUUUUGGUGAACUAGCUCUAAUCUAUGGAACGCCAAGAGCAGCUACUAUAAAAGCAAAAAACUCAGUUCAGCUCUGGGGUAUUGAUCGAAAUAGUUACAGAAGAAUUUUAAUGGGUAGCAUCAUUCGUAAAAGGAAACAGCACAAAGAGUUCCUCAGUAAAAUCCCAAUGCUAGCCAAUUUGGAUGAGUGGGAGAUACUAACAGUAGCCGAUGCUUUGGAGCCCAUCUCAUUUCAGGAAAACGAAAUAAUUAUCAAACAAGGUGACGCUGGAGAUGAUUUCUACAUCAUAGUUGAAGGUGAAGCUAAGGUCCUUCAGAAGAAAGAAGGAUCCGACGAACAAGUUGAAGUGGGAAAACUUGGACCGUCCGAUUAUUUUGGAGAAAUUGCCCUGCUCCUGUCACAACCACGUGCUGCAACGGUCAUGGCAACAAGCAACUUGAAAUGUGUUAAGUUGGAUAGACCACGCUUCGAACGGGUAUUAGGACCGUGUUCUGACAUUUUAAAAAGAAAUAUCGAAACAUAUAAAAAUUAUUCCCAGCUGAUAAAUAAAACAUAAAUUGGUCUGUUAAAAAAGUAACUUUUUAUUUUCUAAAGAUGUUGUGUAAGUAUGUGGUGAUGUGAUGUAAAAAAAUGUACUGGUUCAGGUAUAAUAUCAUUUUAAUAAUUUAUUUUUUUGUAUAAAUUAUAAAUAUUGUUGCAAGGAUCAUUUAAACACUUGCCCUCGACAAAUAAACUAUUUGGCAAACAUAUUUUGAAUGUAAAUUCUAAUCAGUGUUGUAGGAUAUUAGUGUUAUUUAAUGUUAUCAAAUGGCAUUGGACUAAACGAGAAACUAAGCUGUUUUAUCAAGCUUUAUUCAAUUUUUAUGAUGAACUAUGUUUACUGUGCGUUUGUCUGUGGCAUCAUAUAAUCUUACUUCCAUCUUGUCUCGCUAAUCAAAUCUGCUGUACCCCUGUUGCUUACUAACUGCAAUAAUACAGAAAUUUAUAAGCAAGAACAAUUUUAUUUUAUAUCAGAUUUUCAAAUAAAUUUUUUCCAUUUUUAAUAACAUUUUUAAAUUUAGUUUUUUCAAUUGUUUAUUUGGUAAACAAAUUUUACUCGUCCAUCGUCUAGUUCAACUAAAUAUUCGUAACAUUCAAUAUUUACAUAUAUCAAUUCAAUGUUCUUAACAACCUGUAAUUUGUACGUAAUUACUAUUAUUCUUCGUUCAUGGUAUUGUAGCGAAAUAAAUAGUCUAAAUGUGCUGGAGUAGUGAAUUCUAAUAAAUGAAGAUAGAAAAAACAUUAUGAUAAACAUUCUACGUGAUACAAUGUUUAAUAACUCAUUAAACAUUGUAUCUUGAA